CGCCUGGUCGGAGCCUCCCCGCCUCGCGUCCCGGCUUUAGGCAGCCUAGAGCCAGAGAAGGAGUAGCGGCGGCGGCUACCCGGGGAAUGCGCUGAAGAUGGCGGCCGGCCGGAGAGCGCCGAAGAGCGGCUUGCUGGAGCUGCGAGCGCCGGGCGAGCAGUGGCUGCGCGUCCUGGUCACUCUUUCGGAGGACUUCCUGAGCGUCACCCCCAGCGGCAAGGGUGCCGAGGAGCCGCUGCAGCCGCCGCCCAGCCCGGUGCAGCUGAAUGGCGGCGAGCCGGGCGCCCUCGUCCCGGACUCGCUCACCAACAUCAAGCGCACGGUGCGGAUCGUGAAGCAGGAAGUGGGGGGGCUCGGCAUCAGCAUCAAAGGUGGUCGAGAGAAUAAAAUGCCCAUCCUGAUCUCCAAGAUUUUUAAGGGGCUAGCUGCAGAUCAGACCGAGGCACUGUUUGUAGGUGAUGCCAUUCUUUCGGUCAAUGGUGCUGACCUCUCUGAUGCGACACAUGAUGAGGCUGUGCAGGCCCUGAAGAAGACCGGCAAGGAAGUGGUACUGGAAGUCAAAUAUAUGAAGGAAAUCUCUCCCUAUUUUAAAAAUUCCUCAACUGGAGCAACUGUAAGUUGGGACUCCUCACCAGCCUUUCAGAAGCAAGCUUCUCCUGCCCUUUCCUUCCGAGAUCUCAAAGAAGGGAAGAAUGUCCCAUUAAAAAUGUGCUACAUAUCAAGGAAAUGUCUCCCUAAUGAUCCAGAAAACAGAUACCUAGAAGUGUGCUCAGCAGAUGGACAGAUUCCCUUGUUUCUUCGAGCGAAGGAUGAAGCAUCUGCCCAAGCAUGGUUCAGUGCCAUUCAUAGCAACAUCAGCGCCCUGUUGCCAAGAGUCAAAGAGGAGCUGCGGACCUUGCAGUCUGGAAUUACCAUUGCAGGAAGCAGAGACAUCAAGCACAUUGGCUGGCUCACUGAACAGCUUCCUGGUGAUGGGACAAAGAACAUCCUUGCCAUCCUUACAGAGAAGGAGCUUCUUUUCUAUAGCAGUUUCCCACAAAGCAGAGAUGCCCUGAAUAAGCCAAUGCACAGCUUCCCUCUCAUAGCCACCAGGCUGGUGCACUCCGGCCCCUCCAAGGGCUCCCUUCUGUAUGAUUCAGAGCUCUCCUUUGCUUUGCGGACUGGAACCAAGAAGGGUGUGGAGACCCACCUGUUCAGCGUGGAGACGCACCGGGACCUGGCCACGUGGACGAGGAUGCUGGUGGAUGGUUGCCACAAUGCAGCCGAGUGUGUCCAGGAGGUGUCAACAGCAUGCACAUGGAACGGGCGGGACUGCACCUUGUCCAUCCACAUUGAGAAGGGCUUCACCAUCUCCACCCUGGAGCCAGGCCACACCAAAGUCAUCCUGCUGCAGCAGCCUUUUGAGAGGCUGCAGAUGUCCUCGGACGACGGGGCCAAGAUGCUUUACUUGGACUUUGGCAGCUCAGAAGGAGAGAUUCAACUAGAUCUUCAUUCCUGCCCUAAAACCAUUGUCUUCAUCAUCCACUCAUUCCUCUCUGCCAAAGUGACCCGGCUGGGGUUGCUGGCAUAGGGACAUGGAGCAAAAUCUGGAGAAAACCAAGACUUCAUGUGAUCUAUGCACUAUGCUUCAUCGCAAAAGCAAGAUUUUAAGAUGCCACUGCAGACCGGAGCAAGGACUACUGGUGUUAAGAAUCAACAGCCAAAGGAAACCAUUAGACCUCCAGGACAAGUGAUGGAAACGAAUGGAUGGGCAACCAUCUAGGCUCUCCAGCCCGAGGAAGAUACAGUCCAUGCAAUAAUGUUUCCCUAUAAACUUGCCCAUCAGCACAUGGCGUCCCUAAAGAACAUCACAGCUUGGAAAACUGGAUUGCUGAAGAUGUACCAACCCAGUUCUGCCGUCACAUUAGUGCCUUGAAGAUAUAUAUGUAAUAUAUAUAUUAAAAAAUCUGUUUGUAUCAAGGUUUUAUAUUUAUAUAGCUCAAUUUAUGAACCUGAAAGCAAUGCUGGCUUGGUGGCAUUUUGCUCUGCAUUUUUCACAUCAUUUUAGAAAGAGACUCCAAUCCUGUGCACAAUCUACCUGGGAGUAAGGCCCACUGAAUAGAAUGGGAUACGCUUCUGAGUAAACGUGCACCGCAUAGAUCUGAAACAUGAUAAAAAAUUAAGCCAGAUCUCCCAAUUUUCCAUAGUUCCUAAGAUCUGGAGAACUCAGCCAUUUUUCUUACAUUCAACAAUAGGCUGAAAGUGAGUAGAAUGGAUUUGCUGAAUUAUUCAAAUUUUUGGAAAUAGUUACAGAAGCCAUAUUUAAUUUGAAAAGAUAAGGCUAAUGAUUUUUUUUCUUUUGCUUCUUUAAUUUUCUUUUUCAAUAUAUGUUAUAACUGGCAGUGCUCUUGACCAGGGGAAACAAUUAGUUUUAUGAGUUAAAAGUCAUGCAUGAAAUUACCUUUAUUUUGUUUUCCUUUUGGUGAAAAUAAAUAUAGAUUACUAAAUAUGACUAAAGCAAAGCUUGUUAUCCAAUUUGUCUUGAAAACAACAUUUGGAGUUGCUCACUAAGCCUGAAAUUUACCAGUUUUUCCCACAACAACAGCUUUCUCAUUGCAAUUUAAUUUUAAUUGAAACAGUUUUCUGGCUGCCUACUAUAUACAUGACUAUUAUCAAACUAAUCAGAGUCCUGUUGUUCAGUAAUGUUAACUUUGAUAAAACUGCCCACUUAACUUUUAUUUGGAACUGUUCUAAUUUGCUCUAAUUACGUUAUUAGUCAAACACCAUUUAUAGGGGGAAGUGAAUUGGUAUACAUUCUAAGCAGAUUCUUCCUAUCAUUUGGAACACUAGCUGUGCUCAGGCAAUGUCAGCACUUAGGGCUCUGCUCUCCCACUCGAUGUAAGUGUAAUCAGGUGAGCUAGAACACUCAGAAUGGGGAUCCUAUAAGUGAAGCUCCUGCUCUGUGAAGCUGCAUUAUACCAUGUCCAGUCAAUGGUCUGCCUAGCUCAGUCUUUUCUUCUGAGUGGCAGGGACCCAUCAGGGUCUUGGGGCCACACCAGCAGAGAUUUUACAAACCUGUGAUGAAUAUUCCCUUCUUUUGAAUAAAAAGAAAUGCCGCUGAAGAAUUAGUAGGCAUCUGAUCAGGAGGGCAGUGAGGAGAUUAUUUUCCCAGCCACACCACUUCCCUGCUCUAAGUGGGGCAAUGAGCUGCAUAUUCCUCAUUGGCACAUAUCUACAAGUACACUAAUUUUCUGUAACAGUAAAUGGCAGCUGAGUGUGGGGUGGGGAGGGAGAUGUUUAGAUGAGAAGCACUAUGCAGGAAAGGUUUAAAACACAAACAAUGCAGCCGUUGUACCAAUGGCUUCUUUUACAAUUAAAAGGAGACUGGUAGAUGGAUCUCUGCCUAGUCUAAUUUGGCCCUCAGACCAUAUCUUUCCCAGCUUUUCUACCAGACAGUUAAACUACAUAUUACUUUAAAGCCAAACAUAUCAGUUACAGCUUUGCUAUUCAAAAGUGAGCACAGGAAACUGGAUCCAGAUUGGAGGGAAGGAGGCACAAAAACUUUGUCCCCUUCUGCUGAUCUUCAGGGGGAAACACACACAAAAGGCCUACUAACCCCAUGCUAGAUUCCUGAUCUAGAUUAUGUCCUGUGUGCUGAACUUUCUGGUAAAAGCAGUGGCAUUGGCUGAUGAUGGGGAUUGACUCUGGAGCCUUCUGUAUGCAAGACAUGUGCUCUGUACCGAGGCAAUUUGCAUGCACAGAUUCCCAGCUCUGAAACUUUCUGCAUCACAUCAAUAUUCACCAGAACCCAAAAUAACACUGCAACAAAUGGAUUAUUGUGGCUAAAUAAACAUGGUUCAGAGAGAUACUAUCAUAGUGCAGCUAUGACAACAGCUUAACUGACAGGAUAAAAGUGAUGGCUUGUGGAGAUUUGCACCAUAUGCCUGCGUGUAUGUGUGUGUUUGUGUCUCUGUGUGUAACAAUAGGUGGGCGAGCCAAAAAAUAUAUAUUUUGGAAAAGACAUUUGGAUCAGAGUAUUCCCACUGCUAGGAAAGUCUAGAUAUCAGUGAAGUGUGCAGCAUUAAGAGCAGACAUACUGAGAUCCUUCAAAAUCACAGUCAUUGCCUUAAUCUCUCUCUUGGUUGGCAUAAGUGAUCCAGCUGUUUCCACAUCUGAUCCUGGAUAUCUGUCACAAGGAAACUUUAGAAUCCUGCCAGAGAAAACACGGCAACUUCCAGUGCUGACUCCUUCCUGGAAUGGCAGUGCUUUAUUUGAUACUCAGUGCAGUGGACCAUGAGCUGGCUAGUGAGACCUCUUAAUUCUGACCUGUACUUCUUGCUUCUCAAGUGUUUGGAGAAGUCAUGGUCUCACCCACCCAACAGCAAGAAGCCCUCUCCAAAUAAUCCUAGAGGCGAGAAAAGGAGUUAGGCUUAGUGCCUACUUACCAUUGAGGAAAUGGCAUUAAGGCAAAACUGGAGUAGUGGAAGUUGGUCAGUGCCCUGUUUAGAACUUUGUUAGCCAUAAUUAGCAGAAAUAGAAUAAAUUAGACCAAUGUUUCUGUUCUUUUAUAUAGGUUAAAGAAUUCACCUUGGGUGUAAAAAUUUGAGUUUCCUCCUCCUCCUCCUCCUACUACUACAUACACUCAGGACAAUUCUCUGUUCAUCUCAUUCAGAGCUCAACCUAACAUGAUUUGAUGGUAAUACAUUCAACGCAAAAUUACACCAGAAUAAAACAAACUACCACCCAACAGACACACACACACACACAGAGAUGAAAUUGCAUUGCUGUUUGUUUUUGAUUUACAGAAACAUCAGCACCUGGAAGUCAUGCUACCUUCUCUGCAUUUAAGCUGAAUUCAGUGGAAGAUCUCCAGUUCUUACACUGUACAAACUCCCUUCAAAAUCUCAGUGUACUUUGAAAUUAAGACAUACAAGGUAGGGCAAUGCACAUGUAUGUCCAAAAGCAAGUUGAUGCGAAACUGAACAAUUCCUGGACUCACUGAGCACUGCAAGAUGUGGCUUGAAUGUGGGAACUGCUUGAUUUUUUUUUAGAUACAGUAGAACUAUCUGUAAAUUUAUGAAAUAAAUAAAUGUUAUUUCCUCGUCCA